UCAAGCUUCAUCAAAUCAUCAUAAAUCUGGUUAGGGUUUGUGGCUACGGCUCUCGCACGCUUCGCAUUUCGCCACUUUGUUCCCUAACGCAGCCCUAGAGCCUCAACCAUGGCUGAACAAACUGAGAAGGCUUUUCUCAAGCAACCAAGAGUGUUUCUAAGCUCGAAGAAAUCUGGGAAGGGAAAGAGGCCUGGAAAAGGAGGGAAUCGCUUUUGGAAGUCUAUUGGUCUUGGCUUCAAGACUCCCAGGGAAGCUAUUGAAGGAACCUACAUUGAUAAGAAGUGCCCCUUCACCGGUACUGUUUCUAUCAGGGGUCGUAUCCUAGCUGGCACUUGUCAUAGUGCUAAGAUGACAAGAACUAUUAUUGUUAGAAGGAACUAUCUUCACUUUGUCAAGAAGUACCAGAGAUAUGAGAAGAGGCACUCAAACAUUGCUGCUCACAUAUCACCUUGCUUUCGUGUAAAGGAGGGAGAUCAUGUUAUUAUUGGCCAGUGCAGGCCACUCUCAAAGACAGUGAGGUUCAAUGUGUUAAAAGUGAUUCCAGCUGGAUCUUCCAGUGGUGUGAAGAAGGCAUUCACGGGCAUGUGAUGUAAUGAUUAUCAGCUUUUGUGGGCCAAUACUGCCUUUGUGAAUUUGGAGCAGCCUCUAUUUUAAGCUUUUUAUUAUCGAAGGUGACAAUAUUCUAAUUUAAUCAAUUUUGGAGGUUAUUUUUUGACUUUGAUUUAUGAAUGUCUAAAUGCUGAGGAUUAUGAACUUCUUAGAUACAAGAUGGUUACUGAAUUCUAAUUA